GCCGGGUCAGCGGGCGCUGCAGUAGUCGCCGCAGCGGCUAUGGGAGCGGUGGGGACGAGGCGGCGGCGGCGGCGGCAGGAGGAGGUGCAGGGGCUGGCACGAGAGCAGCGGCCCGGGGAGGCCCGCAGCAACACCCGCAGCCGCCGCCGCCGCCUUUAGACGCGGACGGCACCCGAGGGGACCGCCGGCCGUCUAAGCCGCGCUCGGGUCCCGCCGCAGUGGGCGGCGGGGGAUGGGCAGGCGGUGGCGGGCCAGCCUGCUGAGCGGUGACUCCUACCGGUGCGAGCCCUGAGCUGGACCCCAGUCCUCCGCCUGAGAUCCUGCGUCUGCCGCGGCCCAGAUUAAAUGGAAACCACCCUUGGGAGCUAGAUGUCUGUGUAGCUGUUAUACCACAUCAGUGUUUUGCAAUGAGUGGGGGAGGAGAGCAGCCAGACAUCCUCAGUGUUGGAAUCUUGGUCAAAGAACGAUGGAAAGUGUUAAGAAAGAUCGGGGGUGGGGGCUUUGGAGAAAUUUACGAUGCCUUGGACAUGCUCACCAGGGAAAAUGUGGCACUGAAGGUGGAGUCAGCUCAGCAGCCAAAGCAAGUCCUGAAGAUGGAGGUUGCUGUGUUAAAGAAACUGCAAGGGAAAGACCAUGUUUGUAGAUUUAUUGGCUGUGGGAGAAAUGAUCGUUUCAACUAUGUGGUCAUGCAAUUGCAGGGUCGGAAUCUGGCAGAUCUUCGACGUAGCCAGUCCCGGGGCACAUUCACCAUUAGCACUACUCUCCGGCUUGGGAAACAGAUUCUGGAGUCUAUUGAAAGCAUCCAUUCUGUGGGAUUCCUUCACAGAGACAUCAAACCGUCAAACUUCGCAAUGGGACGCUUUCCCAGUACAUGUAGGAAAUGUUUCAUGCUUGAUUUUGGCUUGGCCCGACAAUUUACCAAUUCCUGUGGUGACGUCAGACCACCUCGUGCUGUGGCAGGCUUUCGAGGGACAGUUCGUUAUGCAUCAAUCAAUGCUCAUCGGAACAGGGAAAUGGGAAGACAUGACGACCUUUGGUCUCUAUUCUACAUGCUGGUAGAGUUUGUGGUUGGCCAGCUGCCUUGGAGAAAAAUAAAGGACAAGGAGCAAGUAGGUUCCAUUAAGGAGAGGUACGACCAUCGGCUCAUGCUGAAGCACCUCCCUCCCGAAUUCAGCACCUUUCUUGAUCAUAUUUCCUCUUUGGAUUAUUUUACAAAACCGGACUACCAGCUUCUUACUUCCGUGUUUGACAAUAGCAUCAAGACCUUUGGAGUAAUUGAGAGUGACCCUUUUGACUGGGAGAAGAGUGGAACUGAUGGCUCCCUAACUACCACCACCACCUCUGCCACCCCUCAGUUGCACACCCGCUUGACCCCUGCUGCAAUUGGAAUUGCAAAUGCCACCCCCAUCCCUGGAGACUUGCUCCGAGAAAAUACAGAUGAGGUGUUUCCAGAUGAACAGCUUAGUGAUGGGGAGAACGGUGUCCCUGCUGCUGGGUCCCCAGAUAAACUGCCUGGGUCUCUGGGGCACACUCGCCCUCAGGAAAAGGACGUCUGGGAAGAGAUGGAUAUCAACAAGAACAAGAUAAAGCUUGGAAUUUGUAAGGCUGCUACUGAAGAAGAAAAUAGCCAUGGUCAAGUAAAUGGUAUUCUCAAUGCUCCAAGCCUUGGCUCACCAGUUCGUGUCCGAUCAGAGAUUACGCAGCCAGAUCGGGAUGUUCCCUUAGUAAGAAAGUUACGUUCCAUCCACAGCUUUGAGCUAGAAAAGCGUCUGACACUGGAGCCAAAGCCAGAUACCGACAAGUUUCUUGAGACCUGCAUGGAGAAAAUGCAGAAAGAAUGCAGUGCAGGAAAGGAAUCUGUUCUCCCUGCUCUGCCUCAUAAGCCUUGCGUUCCUGCUGUGUCCCGCGCUGACCACGUCUGGCACUAUGAUGAAGAGUACCUUCCUGAUGCCUCCAAACCUGCCUCUGCCAACACACCAGAGCAAGCAGAUGGUGGUGGCAGCAAUGGAUUUAUAGCUGUUAAUUUAAGCUCUUGCAAGCAGGAAGUUGAUUCCAAAGAAUGGGUGAUUGUGGACAAGGAGCAAGACCUUCAGGACUUUAGGACAAAUGAGGUAUUAGGCCAUAAAACAACUGGAAGCCCUUCAGACGAGGAGCCUGAAGUGCUUCAGGUCCUUGAAGGGUCGCCUCAAGAUGAAAAGAUCCAAGUCGGUCCUUGGACUGACAACCAUCACUUAAAGGAAAGCUCAGGUGUGGUCUUAGCACUUUCUGCAGAAUGUCCUGCCACUGCUGCUUCAGAACAGUACACAGAUAGGCUAGACCUCCAGGCUGGAGCUGCUAGUCAGUUCAUCACAGUUACUCCCACAAGUCCAAUGGAGGCACAAGCAGAAGGACCCCUGACUGCGAUAACAAUUCCUAGACCUUCUGUGGCAUCAACACAGUCAACUUCAGGAAGCUUUCACUGUGGUCUACAACCAGAGAAGAAAGAUCUUCAGCCCUUGGAACCCACUGUGGAACUAUAUUCUCCAAGGGAAAACUUCUCAUGCUUGGUUGUAACAGAAGGCGAACUUCCUAGUGGAGGAAGCAGAAUGGAUUUGGGACUUCAGAUAGAUCACAUUGGCCAUGACUUGUUACCCAAUGUGAGAGACGGCGAUACAUCUCAGGACUUGGGACCAAAAGACCUUCCUGACCAUAACAGACUAGUUGUGAAAGAAUUUGAAAAUCUCCCUGGAGAAACAGAGGAAAAAAGCAUUGUUCUGGGCUCAGACAAUGAAGAUGAGAAGUUAGUUAAAGGACAGCAUUGUGUUGAAAUCUCUCUCCCAGGAGAUUUUGUGACUGCAGAAAGGGAUCAGUCAGCUACCACAGAACCUCUUGAUGUAUCAAAGACACAGAAUUUUAGUGUGGUGCCAAAUCAGGACAAAAACCAUGAGAUAAUGAAGCUUUUGGCAGUUGGAACUUCAGAAAUUUCUCAACAAGUCAUUGACCCACAUGCUGAAGGGCAGAUGGGUCAGGUGGCAGCAAUGCAAAACAAUAAGCUAUUUAAGGGUGCUGACAUUAGGAGUGAAGAUGUGCCCGGACAUCAGGGGGACCUCUCUACUUUUUUACACCAAGAGGGAAAGAGAGAUAAAGUUGUCCCUAGAAAUGGAGAGCUGUAUCAUUGUGUCUCAGAGAGUCAUGGUCCUCCCACCCGCAAGGACAUGCUUCGGGCAUCCUUUGUAACCAGGCACAGCCGGAUUCCUGUUUUAGCACAAGAAAUAGACUCAGCUUUUGAAUCAUCCUCUGCAGUCUCUGCAAAAGAAAAGCUUCUACAGAAGAAAGCCUACCAGCCAGAACUUGUCAAACUUCUGGUGGAAAAAAGGCAGUUCAAGUCUUUCUUGGGGGACCUUUCAGGUGCCUCUGAGAAGCUGAUAGAGGAGAAAUUAGCUGCUGCUCCCAUGCCCUUUUCUGAGGAGGAAGUCUUCACUCCCUUUUCUCGUCUGGCAGUAGAUUCCCACAUGAGUAGAUCAGCUGAAGAUGGCUUUCUGUCACCCAUCCUCUCCCAGUCUAGAAAGAGCAAGAUUCCAAGGCCAGUUUCCUGGGUCAGCACGGAUCAAGUUAACAGCUCAGCUUCACCUCAGUUCUUGCCUCGGCCGCCACCAGGAAAGCCACCAAUCAGGCCUGGAGUAGAAGCCAGGCUACGCAGAUACAAAGUUCUAGGGAGUAGUAACUCUGACUCAGACCUUUUCUCUCGCCUGGCCCAAAUUCUUCAAAAUGGAUCUCAGAAACCCCGGAGUACUCCUCAAUCCAAGAGCCCAGGAUCUCCUCACAAUCCAAAAACACCACCCAAGAGUCCAGUUGUACCUCGCAGGAGUCCCAGUGCCUCUCCUCGAAGCUCAUCCUUGCCUCGAACAUCUAGUUCCUCACCAUCUAGGGCUGGACGACCGCACCAUGACCAGAGGAGUUCGUCCCCACAUCUGGGGAGAAGCAAGUCACCCCCCAGCCACUCAGGAUCAUCAUCCUCCAGGAGGUCCUGUCAACAAGAGCAUUGCAAACCCAGCAAGAAUGGCCCAAAGGGAUCUGGCAGCCUCCACCACCACUCAGCCAGCUCUAAAACUCCCCCAGGGAAGAGUAAGCCAGCCAGUAAACUCAGCAGAUAAGGAAGGAAGUGGGCUGCAUCUCUGGGAAAGGUGUGAGAUCUUCCUCCUAGACCUGAUGCAUGUGUGUCCCUGUACUGUCUGUUUCAAACAAUCAGUGUUGAUCUUCUCUUACAAAAGAAAGUAACAUGAUCAGUUAUUUGAUAAGAAGACAUAAGUACAUACUAAGGAAUUACCUAGGGCAGGUAGGAAGCAGAUCAGGAGUCAAAUGCUUCAGUCCAGCAAAAUCCAAGGGGAAGAAACUUGUUACAUGAGCUCUUGUUACAGCCGCCCUUGAAACAGAAAAUUGAGGAUAGGAAAUAGAAUGGGAUUUUAAGUGAUUUUGCCUAAUUUGUUAACCCUCUACUCAAAGAGUAUAGCAAAAGUGUUUGAUAUUUUUCUUUACAACUUCCUAACCUUGGAAAGUCAUUUUGCUGACAUCCAAAUAUAUAAGAAGCCUGUUGCCAGGAAACUAGUAUUUGGGUAUAUUUGGUCUGUGUGCUUAUUUAGUGAAUCCACACUUUUCUUUCCAUUCAUUCCUAGUAUCUUUUCCAGGUUUUACACUUUUUAAAAUUAAUGUUCCUUUCCUCUUAUUUUAGCAGUUCACCCUAAUAAAGGUUUCAGCAGCACACACUAACACUUUAAAACCCAUUUGCCCUUAUUUAGUCAAACCUUGCUAUUUUCCUUUGAGCCACAGUUUUUAACUCAUAUUUUUAUCUUAAAAAAAAAAAAAAAAAAGCAAUGUCCAGCUAGCGCUGCUUUGGGCAGGUGUGUUUGGAGAGGGACAGAGAGUGGGACAAUGUCCUUAAAGGUAGGAGCAUCCCCUCGUACCUAACUACAUCUCCUGUAGAAGGAGGCUGACCAGAGGAGACAGCUCCCUUUAUGUCCUCCCUGUGCUCUCUCUAGUGCCAGCCUUCAAGAUGGCACUAGGCAAACACAACACUUUGGAAUGUGGCUUAUGCUUUUAGAGAUUUAGAAAGAAAUUAAGUAUGUUAUUGAGGCUUAUAAUCUUUAUAUUUUACAUUUUACACAUUUAGUUAUAUACACUUAGCCAAUAAGGAAUGAAUAUCUGGGGAAAUAAAUUUAGGUUAAAUAGUUUUCUUUCAAUGUUUUUAUAAAUUGGUUCUUGUAUUCUAUGCUUGGGCUUCUUAGCCUGAUCUCCACAUAAUCUCAAUUUAAAGUUGUAAGGACGAUCGUAUUUGUUCUAUUCUCACUCUCUUUCUAGCAAAAUCAGGCAAAUUAAAGAGAACCAGACUUUUUAAGUGGGCUAUUUGAUGCCCUGUGAGUGUUUAGUAUGAUAAAAACCUUAUUGAGGUAUGGGAAAUUGAUCUGCCUGCUGUUGAAAUCUGCCUUCUAACAAACAUAUACUUUCUCUUUGACCUUGUGUUGCUGCCAAACCUAAAACAAUUGAAUUUGAGGUAAGGGUGGAUGGAGAUGGAAGUGUAUUUCUUCACUAAGUGAGCAUGUUCAAUGCUGCAUCCCAGCUGCCCUGAUGCUGCACUUGUUUUCUGUACUGAGCAUUUUCAAAAUUGGGACACUACACUGAAACAUAAGGUCUCCCUUGAGAAAUGUGGCAUAGUGUGUAAUCUAGUUUCUUUCCAGAUUCAAGCAUUUCAGAGCAGUGCAGCAGAUAAGGCACAUUUACUGUUUGUCUGUUACAACUGGAGACUGACCCUUGUGUAUUAUAUUAUAGAACAGUUGCUGCAAUACUAUUUGCAUGUCUUUCAUGGUAAAUUAUAUAAAUAUUAUAAAUAUAGAGACAUAUGCUUAUAUAAAUCCAUUCUUUCUCAUUCUGCAUUUGUAAUUUCAAAAUCCUAGAUGAUGAAAUUCCUUUCCUAUUGUGUGCCUCGUGUACACUUUGGCAUUGCCUAUCUUCAUUGUCUGAAAAUAUGUUCUGGGUAUGUGACACCUAAGAUUCCUCUUGCCUUCCAGGUGCAUAGUGCAACAGUUGGCAGUCCUUAACAAGCCAAGGUAUAAGAUACUUGAUUUUCAUUUAGAAAGUAUUUUAAUAGGUGAAAUUUUCAACAGGUUAUGCUUGUAAUACAGGCUCAAAGAUUACUCCUGUUGGCCACAUAAUUCUGUCCAUAUGGUUAGAGUGGAUCGAUGGGCAUUAUAAUUAUGGAUCUGGUGUCAGUUGAUUUUUACAACAUUUCUGAAAGUUGCCUCUUUCAUGUCACUCUUUUGAAUGGGAGUGGGGAUGGGAUGUAGGAGAAUUAAGAAAUUAUCUCUCUUUUGUUACAUUAGCUAAAGGAUGCUAAAAGUAGUCAGCUUUAAUAUUGACCUCUCUAGUCAGAAAUGUGCUAACAGUUACCACUGGGAAAGCUAAUACUGCCCAGACUAUUUUUCUGAAUUUUUCUGCUGACAGUCAAAACCCAGGGUGAUGGCAGCAUGACAGAGGAUGUUUUCUGUUUUGGUUUGUUUUCUUCAACCUUCUAAUGUGUUGCUUCCUUUUCUACAUGUCAUUAACAAACUCAACAAAAUCCAGAGAACAAAUGGCCUAAUUAUAUGAGAAUAUUUUAUUUUGAAUGUAGGGAAAACAGCCAACCAAAGAUGUUUUUGCUCUGAAGAAAAGGAAAUGGACUAAUUAUAUUUUAUGUAUCAGUAGGUCCAUUUAUUAAGUGCUGUUCUGAUAUAGUGAUUAAAAAACUGAGCCAGGUGGUGGUGGUGCACGCCUUUAAUCCCAGCAAUUGGGAGGCAGAGGCAGGCAAAUCUUUUGAGUUUGAGACCAGCCUGGUCUACAGAGUGUGUUCCAGGAGAGCCAGAGCUACACAGAGAAACCCUUUUUCCACCCCCACAACAUAUACACACAGAAGAGAUUAAUAAGCAUAGUUUGUGCUUUUAGAUGUUACAGUUCUUUCAGGUUAGAAAUAGAAGUUGGCAACCUUAAGCCACACUUUUGGAUCAAGAGUAUAAUCCAGAGAAUCAAGCUUUUGUUUUGGUUUGGCUUUGUCAAUUCAUUAUUUUGAGAAAUUUCAGCCACAGAUCAUCCAAAUAAACAGUUUGGCUAUUUUACUUAAGGUGAGAAAUAUGAGCAAAGCUAUAAUGAAAGCAGUGUGAGACUGAAGUUAAAUUAUCUUUUGGAAAACAAGUGCCUCCUGGCUUCCAUCUGCACCUAUCAUUCACUCACACCUGCUCUUGUCGUGGUCCCUGGGAUUAUUUCAGUGGCGCCAAAAAAAAAAAAAAAAAAAAAAAAAAAAUGGACUUAAUUCCUAAAAACAGCUUAGUUCCUAAUGUUGCCCCCAAAUCUUACUACUGACUUUUAGGCUUUGUGAAUUGCGUGAAGUAUUAAAAUCAUACCUAGUAAUUUUGUGUAGCCUAAAUGCAUUUGACUUCAAUGGAUAUUGAACAGAGGAGGAAAUUGGAUCAUGUCCAAUUCAACAUUAAGAUACAGGUUUUAAGUCACCUUCCAGUGAAGCUGUCUGCAGCCAGGCAUUUAUCUCCAGCCCUGGUACACAGGUUUUUAGUUGCAUGAUUUGCAGUGGAUGUUUUUGGUAAAAGUUGCCUUACAACGCUAAAAAACAAACAAGUAGCAAAAUGGUCAAGCAUUAUCAUCAUUACCCACUUUACAUUAUUUGCUCUUGCAUACUAAACCACUGUAUGCUGACUUGGUCUUCUACAUGUGCAGUAUGUCUGUCUGUUUCACUCCUGGCCCAUUGUGGGAACUGAGGGGCUUCAGCUGGCACCGGAGAUUUCUUCCCAGCCAGAUUCCUAGGCUACUGUUUCUAUGAUUGCAUCAAUUGUACAAAGUAUAUAUUGCUGCAUGUUUUAUAAACCUAGACCAGAUAGCUAACUAAGUCACAGUGAGAUUUUCUACACCCAAUAACCUUGAUGACAAACAGGUGCCUUUCUUCAAGGGCAGAAAAUUUUACAUUUCUACUCUUAACAUUAGGAAUUGGUGACAGGAUCCACAAUUUAGUGGCUUAAGGAAAAAUGCAUCUUGAAAAUGCUAUCUUAAAAUCUAUUUGUAGAUAAUCUAGAUUUAGCCUUGGAGAUCAAAGUUUUUCAUGUUUUAAAAACUAGUUAGCUAGGCAUGGUGGCUUAUGUUUCUAAUCCAGUUCUUGAGGGGCUGAGGUGGGAAGAUGGGACUCUAAAGCCAGCCUCAACUUUCAUAGGGAUUUCAAGUUCAUCUGGGCUAGAGUGUGAGAACUUGUCUCAAAAACAACAAAAACACAUUCUAAUUUUUUUUAAAAAUAUAUAUAUACAUAUAUACACACACACACACACACACAUAUAUAUAUGUAUAUAUAGUGCAUUGAGCAUACUCCCGCUUAUUCUUUUGUAUCUGUCACAUCUUAAAUAUUUCUUCUGUCAUGUUCAUGUAAGGAUUAAUUUGUUUGCAUUCCCUUUUAAAAUAUGAGCCUAUUUCUUGUUUUGUGUUGGGCUAUUGUUUCUGGGGAGAGGGUCAUUGAGCACUUCAUCCACUGAGGUAAUAGGUGAGUUAAACUGGAUUGUUUAACUUUCUUGAAUUUGGUUUUAUAGACAAUGUAUUUGCAGAAUAGCUACUUGGGAUUCAGUCCAAAUGUGUUAUAGGAUUGCAGCAUGUAAUCUAUGCUACUGUGGUAGGGCUUACAUGCCAAAAUACACCCAAGCCCAGCAGUCACACUGGCGCAUAUUUAGACCUUUACUUACUAUGGAAGGAAACUUACGCAGUCCCACAGCUUGGACAGUGUGGAAAUUGUGGUGCCUGGUAUUACCAAGUGCUUAUCGGUACACCCCACUUCCCAUCCUCAGCAAAACCUUACAAAGCUCUAGUGUGUAGAAUGUUGAAGUAAAGUGGAAACUCCUCGUUGUUGAGGAUUUGCCAUACUUUGGCCAUUUCUCCAGAAAUUUAACACAGUUUUGGAGCCUUUAGAAUCUUGUUACCCAACAUUGCUUGCCAGAACUGCAGGAAAAGGACCCCUAAAGUUCCUAGGGAACUCCUAAGGGUGGGACAAGAACACCUAUUCACUUAGAGGGGAAUCUGGGUAAAAUAUGUAGGCUUUCAGUUAAGGUCUUCUUUUUGUGAGAGGAUUUGCAUCAGAAUAUUAGAGACAAGAUUGUCUCAUGGUUUCACACAAUCUCAAGAUGCUAAAUGGCAAAGAUUUACUCAGUAAUGACUUCAGGAUUUGCUCUCCCACUAAUAACAACUAAUAGCUAGGCUGCUCAAGGCAUGUUUGAGGUAAUGGGAUUAUCUUUCUAUACUACACUCAAACUGUGGUUUUAAGAAACCCUGUAGCAAAAGUAAAGUGGCAUUCCUUCCAUUGCCCUUAAAAUGUAACAAGCUUCUGCCCUCUCUAAGUGGGGUGAUAGUAUCCACACUUAGACAGUGAUGCUGACCUCUCUGGUACCUUCAGCCAGAGUUUCUAGACCAACAUCAGGAUAAACGGCAGAUCUGUGAGACUAUAGAAUUACAGAAUUUGCUGAUAACAUAGUUUUGCACUAACAGUGGAUAGAUUUAUACCUCUAUAAUUUAAAAUUGUUUUGUAUUGUACACAUGAUUGUUCAACUAAAGACAUUAGUAAACCUAGGUCUUAUGUAGACUAUCCUUGCUUUUUUAAAACUCUCAUAAAACAUGAUUUAAGUCCUCAAAAAUUCACUUGUAUCACAAGCAAACUUAAGACUCUGCCAGGUGUUUUUGCUCAUCUACAGCAGUAAACAAGGCUACAGAGUUUGGCUAUGAUUUAUUUUGGUGAAAAGAAAGCUUUGAGACUUUAUUCAAAACAGUUCUUUUUGUUUUGUUUUGGUUUUUUAAGACAAGCUUUCUCUGUUUCACCUUGGGUGUCCUGAAGCUAGCUUUGUAGAGCAGGCUGGCAUUGAACUCAGAGAUCUGCCUGCCUCUGCCUAUCAGAAUGCUGGGAUUAAAGGUGUGCAUCACCACCACGCCUGGCUAAAAUAGUUUCAUUGAACUCUUCAUCAAUUAGUGUAAUUAGUUCUCUAAGUUAAAGACUUCAGAAAUUAAAAUACAGGAAAAUAAAGGAAACAUCUUUUAAGACAAAGGAAAUGUAGCACUGGGCCACUCAGGACGUUGAAAUCGGAUUACCUACACUUGGUCUGUGUCUAUCAUCCCGGCAGAGCAAAACCUUAGAUGAGAUUGAAUUAGAUGGUCGAGUACAAAGAACAGAUCUGAUGAUCCUUGCUUGCGCCACCUUGCUCUUCUGAUUUACAGUUCUCAUUUUCCUUUGACACCUUUCUUAAAAUAGAACCUACUUCAUCAGACAAUUUAUUCACAAAUUCAUGCAAAGGAGGCAUGUCUGAUUUUGUGUUAGAUAUAAAUAUUAAGUUUAUAAGCUACUAUGGCAAAUGUCAUCAGAUUUAGUCACAACUGGGAUUCUCUUAUUGGAUAAGACAAAUGAGUUAAAUUACUUUAAUCCGCUUUACUAUCCUCAUCUUAGAUGAGAAAUUGCUCUUUGAAGUUCUUUUAAAUGUAUUGUGCUGGAUUCCUUUCCCCUCCACAUGUCUUCCCUUUAUGUGUUUUUGCUCAGGCAACCAAGGGCAUAGAGCAUUGAAAGAAAAACAUGGAGUGCUUUUGUAUAGGCCAUCUGUACAUAAAAGUGUAAUUAUUUAUUUAAUUUUCCCAUUUGUACCAUAUUAAAGCUUUGUACAGUGUUUUAA